AACACGCCAACGCUGCGCAUUAAUCUCCGCAUAGCCUCACAUCGUCUUUUUCUGGCCCGCCCGUCCCUCCUCCCCUCCAUCCCGUCGUCUUCUUUCCUUUCCAACCGGCCCUCGUCCUCGCGGUACACAAGGGAGAGAGAGAGUGUGUGUAUGUGAGCGUGUGAGAGAGGACGUGUGUGUAUGCUCGUGCGUGUUUGCACCAGUGAAGGAAAACAAAACACAUACACGCACACACAAACACAUACACAUCCAGCGCGUCUGCUCUUCUCCAUCUGCAUCCACGUUCUCUCUUUUGGCGGUUGGGCACCCAUCUCGCCGUCCGGUCCUUCAGUCACGACGAGCACCGAGACAGAAAACACACAACAUAGGCCCAAGACGCCCUGCGUGCUCGCCCGAAGCGACCUGCUAGCGUCGUGUUUCCUUGCGCCAGAGUGCUUGAGACCGCGCCGUCGAUUGGCCGGAUAGUCCGCCUGCAUUGGGUAAGCAGAACUCUUUCAUAACUUAUCUGUGUCUUCCCGUCCCUUCGCUCGUUACCCAACCCUCCGCUCGUCGCUGUCAUGGCUGCAGUCUCCUACACAUUUGCCAUGAUCCAGUCCUGACCUUGUCCCCGUCCUUCACCACCGCAUCCCCCUCUUCCUUCUCCUCGUCCUCGUCCUCCUCGUCCUCCUCGUCCUCCUCGUCCUCCUCAUCUGCUGCACGCCAGAUCUGCCUUGCAAAACAAGGUGCAGACCGUGCUUCGACGUGUGAGCCGCAACCCCAGACGCCACGACACUAGAUUCAACAGCCUGCAAUGUCUCGGUAGCCGUGACGCAGCUACCCUUAUCUCUGGAAUCCCUUCCUCUCCCUGCCACGAGACCCCGUUGUACGUACGCAGAGCUCGCGAUCCUACACCCUCAAAAACUCUUCUCUCUCCGCGACCACCCUCGCGCACCUCGACUGAAGGAUCCCGCCCCCUCCCACACAUAUACCUGCUCAAGCCGGGGCUUCGAGCUGCAUCUCACAGCCUGCCACGACGUCUCCUGGUAUGCACGUCUGUCUCAAGUAAGCUAUGGACACAGAAGAUGGACAGGUCUUCAUAAAGAAUCUCGCCUACUUUGUGCGAACCCACGAGAAGGCACUUGCGAACGCGCUUCAGUCGCACCGCAAUGCGAAAUCCAGCCAUGGCUCCUCCUCGUCCGCGAGCUUGUCUCCGCCCACCACCCCCUACACCCCGUCCUCGCUGGCGUCCGUGUCGAUGCCUUAUCUAGGUUUCGCGUCGCGGCAGAUCAAGCCCGCCAAACUCGCACUGACCCCGCACCACCUGUACUACCUGCUAUCUCGUUUCAGUGAGCUCGGCAUCACCGUGGGGCCCAUGGACAUUCGCCUCGAGAGCAUGACGUCGGACCACUCGCACGCCAACUACGUGUCCUUCCUGAACGAGCACCAGCGUCAGAAGCUGCGCAGCUCCGACAGAGACUCUAUCCAUUCCGUGUCAAGCAUACGAUCGGUCAUGUCCAGCAUGUCCUCUCUGUGGCGCUCCCUGGGCUUCUCCUCUGCCGCCAAGACACAGGCCAGAAUCGAGAAGCAACAGCAGAUGAUCAAGGAGGACCUCAUUUACCUGUACUCGGCCUUCACCAAAAUCCCGUGCCUCCGCCUGUCCCCGGAUCACAGGGCCCCACUCAUAGCCGGCUACGAGGAGUUUCCCUUUGAUUCCGCCGUGCCUCUUUUCGUGUUCAAGAAUGUGACCACCCUCGAGAUCACCGACCUGGACUUCCGCCAGUUCUGCGGCUGGGACAGGAUCGCGGACAAUGUGCGCAGCCUGACCCUGAAACGUGCAAACCUGGACGACCCUGCCGACUUGCUCAUCAACAUCGUGCUCGACGACAUGGACAAGCGCCGCAAGAGGUCUGCAAAGGGCGCCUCGGCAUCUUCUCCCGUCCUGCCCUGGCCUUCCCCCACCCAGGCACCACGGCUCGCCGAUGUGGCUGCUUCGCCCAACUCUCCUCCAUCCCUGAGGAACGCUCUGGCUCACAGUCCGGGAGAUAACCCGCUGGGUAUCCAAGGCUACCCCCCACGCCAGCGGAGCACGUCGCCCGUUCAGCUGCCCGAGGGCAGACACGGAUCUCGCAGGGCGCAUUCUCGCGGUGAAUCAAGAGGUGGCACCCCACAGCCAAGGCGAUCCUCGGGCAGCUCGGGCUCGAGCGCUCGCGAGGGCACGCCGAGGGGCAGCUCCUCGAACCUCCUGUCCUCCUCAAUGGGCAUCCUACCCCUGUCCAAAUGGCGCUUCCUCCGACACUUGAGCCUCGCCGACAACGGUCUGACCACGUUGAACGCGUCCGGCCUGUCCCCAUUGACCAACACGCUCCAGUCGCUGGACCUGUCCGCCAACCACUUCGUCGAGAUUCCCGACUGCCUGUCCAACUUGGUCGCUCUCCGUGCGCUGAACCUCUCCCACUGCAUGAUCGACUCUGUGCGCUCGCUCGGUAAGAAUCCGCUGCCCGCAAUAACGGCCCUGAACCUACGUGGCAACCGCUUAACUUCGCUCGCUGGCAUCGAGCGCCUCCUUUCACUCGAGCGCAUCGACCUCAGAGAGAAUCAGAUGACCGAUCCGGCUGAAAUCGCCCGUCUAACCGGCAUCCCCAACAUGACCGACGUGUACGUCAAAUACAACCCCUUCACCCGUUCCUACGCGGACUACAGAAUCACCAUCUUCAACCUCUUCCGCAAAACCCCGGGCUACGUGGACGACAUCUUCGUGGACGGCGCACAGCCUUCUUCUAGCGAGAAAAAGCUCCUUGUCGAUCGUGUGCCGGAGCCUGCCAACGUCCCUGUCAUCAAGCCUAGCCCUGACGAACAAGAAGAGGACGUGUCCAGUCGCAAUCGCCCGGAACCUGUCAUCGAGCCAUUCGUCGACCCAUUUUACGAGCGUAGGAAGAGCCAAGAACUGCUGCGACAGCAGCGCCGCAAGAGCGACUUCGGCUUGUCCACGUCGCAGCGCAAGAAGAAAGCUCCCAGACGACGCGUCGUCGAGCUGACCGAGAAUGACUUUCCCAACCAAUCGCAACGCACCUCGUCCGAGAUUCCAGCGCCUACGCACAACCGAAUUUCUACCGACGUGUCGCCACGGCCAGAAUUGCAGCCAAAGAACAGUCUCACGGACGACAGUACGUAUGGCGGUAGUGAGGCCGAGACAACGCCGGUUCGUAAGACGCGACCAAGUGUGGACUCGCAUCGUACCACCACGACAGCGGAGUCGCCGCGUCCGCCGCAGCUGCCAUCUGUCGACACCAAUGUGUCUCCGUCUCUUCUUCGCACGGGCACCGACUCGGUGCUGCUUCAACAGCCAGUGUAUCAUUCGACGGAAAGCGACGAUUACAGGCAACGUAUCGAGUCACUGCGGAAUGAUUUUGGCAACGGCUGGCUAAGUGUGCUGUCGGACGAGCAGUGGGAUGGAGCAGGCCAGCUAGGCUAUGCGCCAUCGAUGCAGCCAGUGAGAACUCCUAGUCAGGGUAUCGUCAGCGGCGGCAGGACGCUGGGCUGAGACGGCAUGGAAUUUUUUCACGUAUUAUCGAACGAGCAUACGCAGACACAGGCAACGAAGAAGCCCAGAGAAAAGAAAGGAAAAAACUCUUCGCUUUGCAUACGGCUCGAUAAUUCACCGAUACCCCCCGAUCGUGCCUUCGGGUCAGGGCACACAGGCAGGAUACAAGAGCAUCGGCGUUUUGAUUCCCAUUUUUAGGCAUUUUCAUCAUCAGGCAUGGCGUUCAGUCACGAAACUUGUGGUCGUCUUCUUGUCUUGAUCAUUCAGAGUUGCCUCCUUAUGGUCCAUCUCUGUCCGUUUCUUCAAACACAUCAACCCGGUCGUUCACAUGUACACGACGCUCAAACACAAAUUCCAUCACGAGAGGAAGGCGGCGGGUUGUCAUUUUGGUGGCUCUUAUUCACUCACUCUGGCGGCAUGCAUUUGCUCCCAAAAACCUUUUGUUUUGCCUUUGCAAUUUCCAUCCGGUUGGAUUUUUGGAUCUUCCUCGGAUGCACCUGUAUUUUUAACCUCGUUUCUGAUCUGCUUCUUUGCAUGUUCUUUGUGGUUUUUUUUUUCACUUCUUCAUUGAAGAGCAGCAGCGGUGCGACAUUUGAGCAUUUUCCGUGCGUGCGCGCGUUUUGUGUUGACAGCAUGAUUACCCCAUGAGUUCGGUUGAUUGUUAGAAGGGUUUCUCUUCUAGUUCAAGAGUGGUUGGACUGGUUCUUUGUAUGCUUUCUAUUCUGCUGCUCUCUCUUUUUUUUAACACUUCUUUUGAUGUGGAUUUCUCGGCCCCUUUUUCCACUCGGGGCCGCAUGUGUACUUUGAAGGAAGGGGGGAUUGGCACGGCCGGACGUUUUUAUGACGCGCACACGAAGCUAAAAAAAUAUUGACGGCCGCUUUUAUUAGGAAGAUGGGCAGGUCGGGAGAAGAGGUACAUGGAAAAUCAGGUAUGGAGCGUGACAGAAGGCGGGUAGGGAUGGGCUUGGUUGUGGGAUAGUCACGACGAGAAGCCAAUUCUUUGUCUUCGUUCAAUUGCUCGCAAGUAUAGGACGCGUUUUCAUCCUUUUUUUUUUUUUCCAAGCAUGAUCAAUGGCAUAAUACAC